AUGAAGACAUGUGAAGGAGUCCUGAUCCUGUGUGUGCUGGCAACAGUCACACUGAGCACUGAAUCAGCUCAUCAACGACUAGAUUCAAUCUACGAUCUGAAAAGAGUAGAUUUUGGAGGCUCAGUGCCCACGCACAGCCUCCUGCUGCUGUACUGGUUUGCCAACAAUAUUGACAUCAAUGACAACGUUAUUACACUGAACUUUAAUCCAAAUGGAGAUUUCGGUUCACAUCACUAUGGCAACUAUGAAGGCUUGUUGGAACAAGGAUACCACUACUACACUAUUGGGAACCUGAAUUUUCAGUUUCCUGAAUACGUCCGUAACCCCCCAGACAGACAAUAUCAAGGGGGAAAUCUGGAUCGGAUUAUAGUCGGAGUUCAGAGAGGUAGUUAUGGUUCUCAUCACUAUGGUAACUAUGAAGCCAUGCUGGACCCGCUGCCUCGAGGAUACCGUUACUACACGUGGGAAAUCUCCAUCAAGCCACCUCCAACGAACUGCCACAAGGAACAUCAGGGGACAAGGUACGACCCAGAGCACACCUACCACAUCACCAUCGGCCUGCUGCAACAGAUCAGACGGUUUUCAGUGGAGUACAACCCCACGCCUUUGUGGCAGCUCAGGGACAUAUUUGACAGUCCCGCUGACGACUCACAGUUGAGGGACAUCUCAAACAUUUGGGCUUCUCCAUCACGGCCCAAUUAA